AUCAGCCUCUCUGACUCGGCAUUCUUUUUCCUGAAACACUCCAGCAGUUUUUCUGAUUCACUUGUUUUUCUAAUGACCUCUCUGACACAGAGGAGCAUCGGUUUGCGUCCACAAUGAGUGCAUUGUCCAGGAUAACCUACAUGUCAAGCCUCACUUGCCAGCAGCGACCUUCCCGAGCACCCGCAAGCCUUUUGUAGCCCAUUUAGUCGGGAUGCGCUGUCCUACCUACUGCUGCGCCCCUUCCAAUCAAUCCCGUAAUCAGCAAAACAAACAAUUCAUUAAUGCAGUAUUUUAAAGCUAAUAUUACCGCACAAAUGACAUUUUGACAAAAAAAGGAAUAGAAGGGCAGGCCGAAGUUUGUUAAUACUUAACAAAAAUGUCGUUGUCUUUAGUUAACAUUUCCAUUGAUUUAAUUUGAAGACGUGCUUUGGGGGACUCUGAGCCCCCCUUUUGCCACCGCCCCUUCUCCCGGUCCCUCCCUUUCAUUAACACUGCAGGUCCAAUGCUGGUAGACAUGUGAGUGUCUGACUUUUAGAAGAAAAACGGAGAGGCUCAUGUGUUAUGUGGACAGAACCACGCACACAGACUGGCGUGCCGACUCCCGAAUGACAAGGAUCAGCGCCUUAAGGUCGGGACUUUUCCAUUCAUUUGCACUGACAGCCAAGCAAAGUGACACAGACAUUGCAGACACUCGCAUAAGAACGCUUUCAUUAGAGUUUAUUUUUGAACUGGAAGACUAUUUUCGGGAUUUUGGCUGGAGAUCACGGUGGCACCAACGACAUGGGGCUUGUGGUUUGGAUGUGCUGGCUGCUGGCUCUCCCACUACUUCAGUCUGCCAAAAUCCUAACGGUCUGCCUAAUUGGAGGAAGCCACUACUUGUUACUUGACGAGAUCUCCCAUAACUUCCACCUCCAUGGCCAUGAGGUUCGCAUGCUCCUGCAACUGGACAACCCUGCCAUCACAGGUUUGUCCUAUGCCGGCCGCAAUGGCAGCUACCAGACCAGCACUUGGUCCCCAGGAGAGGAUUACAUUAAACAAUACAACGGGUGGUUCUUGGAACAGCAAGCACAAUUUUUACUGGGCCGGGACAGCUUUAAUGGCUUUUUGAAUUUCAUGGGUCACCUUUCUUAUCAGUGCGACAAGCUCUUAGGGGACAGCGAUCAAAUCACAUUCCUCCAGGAGCAGCAAUAUGACAUCGCUAUCCUGGAUGCUUUUAAUCCCUGCUCCUUCAUCAUAGCACACAAACUUGGUGUGCCCUACAUCGCCUUCUAUCCAGGCUCUCUGAACGGCCCCCUUGCCAUUGCCAUCCCUGCCUCCAUCUCCUCAGUACCAGCUUGCAGCUCCCAGUUGUCGGACCGCAUGGACCUCUGGGAUCGUGCAAAGAACUUGGUUUACUCUCUCCUCAAUGCUGUUGGUCAGAAAAUUGUAUGGUCCAUUUUCAAGGAGGUAGCCGAGCGCCACUUGGACUCAGGAUCCCCGCCUGGUGGCCUGGAUGAGUUCCACCAGAAGGCGGAACUCUGGGCCUUCAACACCGACUUUUCCCUGGAGUUCCCGCAGCCGCUUUCGCCUGCCACCGUGUUGACGGGGGGGCUCCUCAAUAAACCUGCUGAGCCUCUGGAACAGGACCUUGACUCGUGGAUCUCCAGUUUUGGAGAGUCUGGUUUCAUCAUUGUGACCUUGGGAUCCAUGGUCUCUUCUGUGUCUGUGGACCGGCUUCUGGUGGAGCUGGUGGAUGCCUUCUCCAUGAUCCCUCAGGGUGUGAUCUGGAGGUACGACCGUAAGCUUUGGCCGCCUCAUCUGAGUAAACCUUCCAAUCUCCUCCUUGUGGACUGGCUGCCUCUUAACGACUUGCUAGGACACGGCAAGGUGCGCCUCUUCAUCACCCACGGAGGUCAGAACAGUCUUCUUCAGGCCGUGUAUCACGCCGUUCCCGUGCUUGGCAUCCCCUUGUUUGGAGAUCAGUUUGACAACGUGGUGAGAGCUGAAGCAAAGGGCCUGGGCCUUGUCAUCAGCCCUACGCGAAUUACCAGCAAGCUCCUUAGCUCCACCAUCCAAAACGUCAUACGGAAUGUCAGUUUCAAGUCGGCAGCUUUGUCCCUCAGCCGCAUCCACAGAUCGCACCCCGUGCCCCCCGCGCUUCGACUUGUGCAGUGGGUGGAGCACAUCCUGCACAGCGGAGGGGGGGCUCACCUAAAGCAGGCCUCAUUGCAGCAGUGGUGGUACCAGAGAUGCCUACUGGACCUACUUUUGAUCAUCCUCAUGGGUCUUACCGGGUCAGUUCUUCUUUGCUGGAUUUUCUGCAAGAGCAAGACGAGCAAAGGUGACAGCAAGAAAACACAAUAGGACAUAUGAUGGAUGGAAAGUUGACUUUGAAAUGGCUUGCUCCCUCAGGUCAGACCAGAAAAAAAAUAUUCAACGUACAGAUAGCAGAUUAAUCAAUGUACAAUAAUACAAUAAUGAAAUAU